AUGUUUUGUAAUGCGGUGGUUGAGAUCACUCUGGUUAGUCCGUCCAUUGGUAGAAGAGUCGGCAGCAGCUCCCAGAACAUGGGAGAUCGACGUCGGCGGUUCGGCGGCGUCCAGCAAGGAGAGCAACCCCGGAUUGAUGCGUGGGAAGUCCUUGGGCAAUAUGCCCAGCGCAACGCAAUCACGCCAACCAAUCAAAGCCAACUCUUGAAUUCGGGUGGGUUGAACGUCAAAGAAAGGUCAACAGGUCUCAACCCCACUUGCUCCCGAAAGGUGACAACGCACGACAAGGCCGCAGUGGUCGGGGCAGCUGGAGUCGGCGUCCUGGUGAGGACGGCCUUUCUAACUGAGCACUCUGCCAUUGCUACUUCAGACUUGAUGGUGAUGGAUCUCAACGUUUCAGAUGUGACAGCAAGUGGCGACCUCGAGCAGAGAAAGAAUGGCGACGUAGAUCAGAUCCGGAAGCAAGUCAAAUUGACCAAGAACAGGGGAGCGGCGGAAUGUGCGGCAAAAGGUGGUGUGAUGUCCGGAACCUGUGCCUCAGGAUAUGGGGUUUGUUGCAUAUUGAAUCAAGUCAAUCAAAACGCAUAUCUUUUUUGGCUUCGGUUGGAUUUCAAUAAUUUUGUCAUUGAGGGACCUACCGGCGCUGUGAGUUCAGAAGAAGCUCGCGGAAGUAUUCUAAAUGGGAUCACCGUCUCGCAAAAACGUGUAGGUACGGAAGCAAAUGAAGGUAGCCGGUGUCCAACGGAUCGCUUCUCAGUGACGAACCCUGGCAGUUCUGCUCCACCCAUUAUUUGCGGAAUCAACACUGGCGAGCACAUGUACGUGGAUGCGAGUGAUUCUUGUAAUGAGCUUGCCUUUCAAUUUGGUUCAUCAUCAUCUGUAUCUCGUCAAUGGUCCAUUAAGAUCACUCAAUACGGUUGUGAUUAUGACAAUCUGGCACCAAAGGGCUGCACCCAAUAUCAUUUUGGCAACAGUGAAGGAGUACUGAAGACCUACAACUAUGACGGCGGUGUCCAUUUGGCCAAUCAAUUGCAAAAUAUCGGUAUAAGACAAGAACGUGGAAAUUGUGAAAUAUGUUACGCUCCAAUACUGGAAUCCGACUUUCAAGUUUCUGGUACAUCAAGUGAAUCAGGAUUCACUGGGUUGUCGAGGUGUUGCGCAUAUGGAACAAAGGGAAAUGGGACAACUGGUUAUGAUUGUCUGGCUAUUCCUGGAGCUCUGAAACAAGAUGGAACGUCACCAAAUCCAGGCUCACUAUUUUGUGGUUACAAAUUGGUUACGUCUAGUGAUGUAUUGGGUGUGCGAAUUAUAAACAAAACCAUUUGCACAAAACAACGGCCAUUUCAUAUCACUUUUCGGUCCGACAACUAUGAAUUUUACUUCGAAGGUGGAGAGAUGAUGAGAAAAGGCUUUCGAUUAGCCUAUAGCCAGAAGGGUUGCUAGCACGGAUUUUGAAGCUGGAUAUGAUCAUCGCCCGAUUAUUUCAAAUAUGUUUCACAUUUUUUGCAACAUAUUAUGACCCUGGAUUCAUUUCUUUUGAGCCUGUUUUCUGACGAAUAAUACGUAAUUAA